GCUUCAGGGUCUACCUGUUUCCCCAAAUUCCUCCCUUAACAAGGUCUCCACUCCAUUUUCCCAGGGAGGUGCAGCCGGAAGGGGCGGGCCUUCCGACCGGAAGCGGGGCUCCCGUCACUAUGGCUUCUCGUGGGGUAGUUGGUAUUUUUCUACUCUCUGCUCUCCCCCUCUUGUGUCUGGAGCUCCGGCGUGGGAAACCAGACCUGGGAAUCAAAGAUCUGAUUUUGCUAUGUGGCCGGAUUUUCCUACUGCUUGCUCUUCUUACAUUAAUUAUUUCUGUGACUACCUCAUGGGUUAACUCGUUUAAACCUUCCCAAGUUUAUUUGAAAGAAGAAGAAGAGAAGAAUGAGAAAAGGAAAAAACUUGUGAGGAAAAAACAACAAGAGGCACAGGGUGAAAAGGUUGGCAGAUACAUAGAGAAUGUUCUAAAACCUAGCCAGGAAAUGAAACUGAAAAAGCUGGAAGAACGCUUUUAUCAGAUGACGGGUGAAACCUGGAAGUUAAGCAAUGGUCAUAAACUUGGGGGUGAUGAAGAUUUGGAGCUUGAUAGUGAGAGUCAGACAUCUUUUGAAACAUCAAACAGAGAAGCAGCAAAGAGACGGAACUUGCCUAUGCCUCUAACCAGAGUUUCACCACCCGCUGAGCAGCCCACAAAGAAGGAGGUUCUUGAUUUACCUGAAGAACCUCCUGAAACAGCUGAAGAAGUCGUGACUGUAGCUCUCCGCUGUCCAAGUGGGCGUGUCCUGAGGAGAAGGUUUUUUAAGUCCUGCAGUUCACAGGUCUUGUUUGAUUGGAUGAUGAAGCUUGGGUAUCGCACAUCUCUAUACAGCCUUUCUACUUCCUUUCCCAGAAGGCCUCUGGAAGUGGAGGGAGGCUGGUCACUGCAGGACAUUGGAAUAACUGUGGAUACUGUACUCAACGUGGAAGAGAAAGAGCAGAGCAACUAGUUAAGAACUGCCAACUAGCUGUUUUACACGAAAUCAGUUUUACACGAAAUCAGUUUUACACGAAAUCAGUUAUACCAUGACCUUACAGGACAAUAGAGGAUUCACAUUAAAAUCAUGCCAUAUGUUGAUUGAGCUCAAGGCCGUAAACAUUUCAAUGCUGAUCUCCAUGGAAAUGUAUGGACAUAAAGUAUUAGAGAAGGAUUGCUCUCUACAUAUAAUAAUUUUGGGAGUGUGCCAUAUUACAACGUACCAAAUGAGGAUGAGAUAGAAAUGUAUAUAGUAAGGUGCUCAUUAGUUUGUAUUUUCCCCAGCUGACGCCAUUUAUCAGUUUCUCCUUUCAAUGUGCCUUACAGUGAACAUUUCACCAUUCAAACUCUUCAAGGUCUUCUAAGUAGGAAUGUUUAGUCCACUGUAUUUCUAGAAAUUAAACUUUGAAAAUGUUUCAAAGCUC